AUGGUCCCUGUUCCGUUGAUUCACAGACCCUCUUCUCGGCUACUGUGCACCUCUCUUCCACUUGUGUCGCAUCAUGUCCUCAAUCUGCUUCACGAAUUAUGGCCACACGAUCAGACCUUUAAUGGUGGCAUGAGCAUUGUGAAACGAGAACCUGAAGAUAUCCAUCAGAGAAUUGCUUUCGCCAUCCUCAUUCCGUUACUGGUAGGGUUUUCUGGUCUAUUCGCUGGUUUGACCUUAGGUUACUUUUCAUUGGACUUGAUUCAAUUGAACGUAUUGGCAAUGAGUGGUUCACCUAAACAGCGAGAAUACGCAAGUAAAAUUAAACCCAUACGCGAAAACGGACAUCUACUUCUUGUCACCCUACUUCUGGCCAACAUGAUCGUGAAUGAAUCCCUUCCUAUAAUUUCGACUCCUGUCCUAGGAGGUGGUGUUCAGUCAGUUGUCGUCUCGACUAUCCUGAUUGUUAUAUUUUCAGAGAUCAUACCCCAAUCUCUCUUCACGCGUCAUGGUUUGUACCUGGGAGCCAAGAUGGCCGGCUUUACGAAGGCUCUCAUCUACGUAUUGGGUAUCGUAUCAUGGCCUGUGGCCAAGCUUCUCGAAUUUGUCUUGGGUCCGCACCAUGGGAUUAUUUACCGAAGAGCUGAACUCAAAGAACUUAUUGCCAUGCACUCCUCUAUGGCGACGCAUGGUGGUGAUCUAAAGACUGACACGGUUACAAUUAUCGGGGCAACAUUGGACUUGCAAGAAAAGGUUGUAAGGCAGGCGAUGACACCUAUCAACGACGUAUUCAUGCUUUCCAUCGACUCGGAACUCGACUAUGAUCUUCUCAAGAAAAUAUGUAUGACUGGUCAUAGUCGUGUUCCUGUUUAUGAAAAAUUCGAAAUUCCUUUGCACGGGGAAGGUGGUUCAAAGGGAAGAGGCAGAGCGCAAACUCAGGUAGUGAGGAGAAUCAUAGGCAUUCUAUUAGUAAAGCAAUGUGUUCUGCUUGACCCCCGAAAAUCCGUGCCUCUCCGGGAAAUUCCCUUGAAUAAAGUGUUUUUUGUACCCCAGAAUGAAUCCUUGCUGGGUAUCCUUGAUAAGUUUCAAGAGGGCCGCUCACACAUGGCAAUCGUGAGUAGGUUCAGUCGCGAAAAGGCUGCGAGUGUUAAGAAAGCAGUCAAGCAUAGUUUGACUCAGCGUCUCCGAGAGCGAGUCAUGGGUGACUCGUCCGAUUCGAGUGAUGAUGAAAAGGAGAAAGAUCCUAGGUUUGAGAAGAAGUUUCGUCGAAGGCGCAAGAUAAAGAACAUCGAAGAACGUUCCGAAGACGGCGAGGAUACCCUUAAAGGCGAACACACCGACGACUCUACUAGUCGUAGUGUCAGUAGAUCGAAUACAGCGACAGAUCCUAAUACUGCAAGUCUCACCGUUGCUGACCUUCAUCAGCAUAUCAAAUGUCCAAUCGAUGAUAACGAAGAUCGACCAAAAAGCCGAAGGUCAAGUUUUCAGCUAUCCAGAGCUGCAGCUGGACUGGCCUCUAUCUCAAAUCUUGAACAAAGUAUGCCGGCUGAUGCAGUACUAGCCAAAGAGGGGGCGGAGGCGUUCCUUCAAGGAUUUGAUCCUGCAAUCAGCCCGCUCGGCAUCAUCACUUUAGAAGACGUUCUCGAAGAGCUCAUAGGAGAAGAAAUUUACGACGAAUUCGACCCUGAGGGUGCGCAUGGUGAUCCAUACCUCCCCCCCGCACAGGCUAAUAGUUCUGUUCAUGCUGUUGACAACCGAGAUGAUGCUGCUGCCAUGAAUAAACCUCUUCCACCGACCCUCAAACCACUGUCGCUGAAGGGGCUGAGUUUCCUGAGGUCGAGAAGUGCACCUCCUAGUCCGCGCGAUACCGUUUCGUACAACGAUUUGUCAAUUCCUAAUGCGACUAUCGAUCAUGGAUCUCCCCCUUCCAUGCCUCGGCCCCCUUCAAUCAUUGUUGAACAGUAUGAUGUGGGACCACCCCCGACAAGCAUUUCUUCCGAUGAGAGGCCGGCUUACAAUCCUGCUGAGGAGGCUACUAGUGAGAAAUUAGCGAAAGUUCCCCCUUACCAGCCGACGAUCUUGUCCCCCGUGGCCAAAGUAGCGAAUGCAGCUCAGUUUAUCCCACCCGGGUCCCGCAGUGCUUCUCCUGCACCCUCUCUCGAAGCCUUCUUGUUGGAUCGGAAGCGCAGAAUUGGGGUUUCAGCUUCGGGAUCUCCUGGAUUACUCGCAGCCUCCACCGGCGCUAGUCUAGUUGCUGUACCUGUUGCCGGAUCCGUCAGUUUGAGAGCCACUCCCUCAAAGGGGGCGCGCUUCAAGAGUACACCAUUA